AUGGAAAGACCACCUGAAUUUGAUGAUGUUGAAGUACUGGGAUUAGAUGAAAAUGAGAAAGAGGAAGAGUUGAUGCAAGAAAUUGGCAGUGAAAGAAGAAGGCAAGUACUAGAGGUUACAGGUAAUAGUGCUUCAAAAAAACUAAAAGUUUUACCACCACAAAGUAGUAAAGGGCCUAUUGACUGUUAUUUUUCCCCUAGACCUACUGUUAUGGGAAAAAAUAUAAGGCAAACUACCAUUGAUGAAAAUAGUCUAGCUAAAAAUGAGUUAAGGGAGCGUGCUUGUGUUGCCAUAGCACGAUGGAUGUAUGAUGUGGGAAUAGCUUUUAAUGCUGUGAAUUAUGAUAGCUUUGGGGAAAUGAUUCAAGCAAUUGAAAAUUAUGGGAGAGAAAUAAAACCUCCAAGUUUUCAUGAGGGAAGUGUAUUUAUUAAAUCAGUUGAUGCAAGUGAUGAAUCAAAGACAGCGGCAUUGUUGGCUAGUUUGAUUGAGAAAGAAUUGAUGGAAAUUAGUCUUGAAAAAGUAGUUCAAGUUGUUAAAUAUAAUGCAUCAAAUAAUGUUGCAGCAGGGAGAAUAUUGGAAGCAAAUUUUCCUCAUCUAUACUGGACUCCAUGUGCAGCCCAUUGUAUAGAUUUGAUGUUUGAGGAUAUCUUUAAGAUCCAUGUUUUCAAAGAAACAUUCCGCAAAGCUGUUGAGCUUACUGGUUUCAUAUAUGGCUCUUCAGGAGUUCUAAAUAUGUUGCAGAAGUUUACUAAUGGAGUAGAAUUGCUAAGGCCAGGGCAAACUAGAUUUGCUACUGCUUUUAUUACAUUGGGAAGGAUUCAUCUUCAGAAAGCUAACAUUAGAAAAAUGUUUACUUCAGAAAGUUGGACAACUAGUAAAUGGGCUAAAGAGGUAAAAGGCAAAAAGUGUGAAAGGACGAUUUUGAGUCCUGCCUUCUGGAAUCAUGUUGUUUAUGCUCUUAAGGUUUCCGGUCCUCUUGUUCGUGUGCUUUGA